AUGGCGACCCCCCAGGGCAUUCCCCCGUCCCUGACGAAGGAGGCUUCCCCGACAGAGGCAGACUCAGCCGAAAGUGAAGAGUCUGCAGCAAGGCUUCCCAGACGGAAGCUGCUGCAUGCCCUUGAGAGGAUACACGCGGCCUUAGGAGCUUCUCCUGGAACGCGGCAGGCCUUUGUUGCUUCUGUGCGAGUGUGGAUCUCCGAGGCGAAAGACGCCGCUGCCGAGGCUGGAUCUGUCCAUGCGUUUUCGGCGUUGCGGGAGAUCGGCUGCGAAGCUGUGGAGCUGCUGCUCGCCGAUCAGGGCCAGUGGAAAGUGUUGCUGCAGCCUGCAGAAUGCGGGGAUCCAGAUCGCACGGAGCAGCUCCGUUCACCACUGCACCCGCGGUUGCUUUGUGGUUGCUUCCUCGUGUUGGAGGGCCUCCUGGAAGGCUCAGAGGCGGCUGUAGGGGACCUCCCCCUCGACCUCCGUGCUGCGGAUGCGGUUGCUGCUGCCGUAGAAACCCUGCGAGUGCUGCCCGCAGCUGCAGACUUCGCGACAAGGGGGCAGCAGUUCUCGAAAUGCGCACGCACGAAACACCUUGGCAGAGCCAGCAGAAAGGGCAUGGAGGCGCAGCACAAGGAAAGUGCACAGCGUCGCUCGCAGCAGCAGAGGCUUCCGCUUGAUCUCAGUGCUGCAAGAUUUCCCACGAUUGCGGCUUACGCAGACGUAGAAGAGGCGAGGGCCCUCCAUGGCGCUGCCGUUUCGCUCCUCGUUCGUCUCGUGGCAAGCUCUUCCUUGAGUCGCUGCAGCGCUGGCGAAGACGGCAUCACCUCGACGUGGUUGCUCUGUGAGCUCAAGCGGAGACUCUCCGAGACAGUUCGGGAGCAGCAACAGCAGCAGGGAGAUAGCCUCCUCCUCAGUAAGCAGGCAGUGGCAUCCGCGGAGGCGCCCUCAACUGCAGAUACCGCUCAAACACUCAAAGGGCUCAACUUUGCUACUCUUGUUGCCCUCGCGAGGGAAUUCUGUUCUAAGGCCACGCAAACGGCCAAUGAGGUUCGUCAGGUUGCUCCGUCAGACCUUUUGAGGCCGUGCGAACACUGCGCUUGCUGCGCUGCUGCCGUGUCAACUGCCUGCGCGUUUGUUGUUGCAGCAUGUGUGACGCAUGCGCCGUACAAAUCACAAACGGCGCCGUUGUUACAGGAUAUCCUUACGGUUGCUACAUUGCAGCCUCUGGCUUCCACGGCACGCCGCUAUCUUUUGCCCGCAGUGCUUUCUCUGAUGGCAUUUGAGGGAGCUUCGGCCUUCCUUUUUGCCGCGUUGCACCGUCUGCUAGCGGGCUUGACGCCUUCUCCUCCUGCCCCUGCUACGAACCAGACUGCAGGCAGCAGUGGGGGCACCUGCAGCGAGAAGGGAUGCCGCUUAUGGCUCAACAGAAGCAGUGUGAGCUUGGACGUCUUCGCGAUGCUCAGAAAGACGGUGCCGCCUCCGCGCUGCGGGGAAGCCUUCCAUUUGGCGCUCCAGUAUCAUUCGCUCUUCCUGUCUCCAGAAGGCCUUCCCCCUCCAAAGUCUCUCAGUGCUGCUGAGCAGCGGUUCGUACGCCAAGUGCGAUCGCAUCCUGUGUCACGCGAUGCGUCUUCACCCGCUGAGACUCUUUUGCCACCAAGCGGCGAAGCGCAGAGCGAAAGGGAAUGCGCUUGGGGGCCUUCAGACAUCCGAUGGCGGUGGCUUUUCUGGGGUUUGGCGUGCCCUGUCAUUGGCUCUGUGCGCAGCAACGCGCGGCAGUUGAUGCAGCAGCUGCUGGCUGUACAGACAGCGCACGAGGAGCCCUUGCAGAAACGUAUGCAGGGCUGGGGUGACGCAGCAGAACCCUACAGCUGCCCUCCGGCAUCCGAGAAACGCCCUUGUAUCACCGCAGAUGAUCAGAGGUUGGGCUGGAGCUCUUUCAUGCAGCUGCUGGAGGCCUUAGACGACUUCUCUCAGCAUCUUAUCCAGCAGCAGCAGCAAACGCUCCGUGGGCUCUGCGCGAUUGCUGCCAAGGCAGCAGUCAGUCAAACCUGCGGCAGACAGGCAAGGCCCCCCCCGCUCAGUGUACAGCCGCUGUGGGUGGAGGCGGUUCUGCUUAGAGCCUUUGCUCACGACAACGCCCUCCUCAGCAGGUCGUUCUUGCUCUCUUUCAUGAAGUUGUGUUGUGACGGGCUAGGUGCUCCCCCCCAGUGCCACCAAGGGAAGGCUCAAGGGCCUCCCUCGCUGUUGCUGUGUGUCUCCCUCGAUUUUGUGUUGGGGGCACUCGUGCCGCAUAUUGCAGUGCCCUCCUUCUUCUGCCGGAGCAACGACUGCCGCCAGGCGGAGGCUACGGUGCAGAAAUUCUUGCUGAAAAGACUCGCGCUCGAGGCCUCCGAGCUGCAACAGCAGCGGGGGCAGCAACAGCAGCACCGUCUCGAGGUGGCAGACGAGGAAAGCAAUUUAUCCUGCGUUGCGCAAUACCUAUCGGCCGUGGGAGAGCAUUGCUACACAUAUACGCCACUUCGCAUCUUCCUCGACGCACUGCUGCUGCCGGGAGAAGAGCUCUCCCUACUGCGGCAACAACAGCAGCAACAGCGGGAGCAACAGGGGCAAAUCUUCCUAGAGGCCAUCAGUCGCCUCUUUGGCGUAAUCGCGACAACGCCCCAUUGCGUUAGAGGGGGCCUGUAUGAGCGGUUGCUGAGAGUUGUGGCUGUUCACGCCUCACCUGGAGCCUUGUGUCUUUCCGCAGUGGGCUGUCUCCUCAAGGCACUCCCUUGGACGUUCUUCGUAAGGCAGAUUCGGGAGGCAUCUGACUGGUGCGGCAGCUUGCGAGGCACCUACAGCAGGAGCAAUGAGCUGGAGGAGACAGGGGAGGCAGAGCAGGAGCCGGCGUUGCUGCAGCUGCUGCACGCUGCCUUUCCGUCCCUAGAUGACUUUGGCUAUGCAGUGCAGCAGUUGGUGCAGCGUAGCCUGACAACUAAGGGGGGCACUCAAGAGGAAGCGAAAGAAGGCCAGUGUCAGCGGCUCCGAGAGCACCACGCAGCCUUCAUGCAGGCGCGCUUGUUGGCGGUGGUAUCUGCUGUUGUGCCUCAUCACGAGGCUUCAAGUGUGAGGCACGACGGCAAACUCCUCUUAUCGGACUUGUUUGUGCUGCCUCAGUACCUCGACGAGACGUGUAUGGCUGUAUACAGCCUUUUCACGGGCCUUUCCCGCGCUUUGUUGGCGGCCUCACCCCCUGCAGACACUCAAAACGUCCUAUUCUGGUUAGCUUGCGGCAAUAACAGUGCUCCCGCACUCUCAUUUCACUCAUGGUGGGGGGCAGCCGUCUUGGGGCCUAAGAGAACGCCCCAGGCGGCCGGUACGUACGGAGGCAUGUGGUCAAGCAUGCAACAGCAUAUUUGUGCUCUGAGGUGCCUAAUGUGCCUCUGCCCCUCAAAAGGACUUGUGGAAGGCUUUGAAGCGCUUCCAGAGAUGUCCUUAGAGGCAGCCUUUGCCCCCGUUAGCAGCGGACGGCGCAUCAGCUCCCCAGCUGCUCUGCUGUUGAUGGCAGCUGUUGCCGCGCUUGGGAAAUGGGGCAUUCGGCAUGAGGCGCAGACCACUGGAGGCUCAGCGGGAUGCUUGGCAGGCACCGAUCCCCGAUUGCUUCAUCCGAACGUUAUGCUGCGGAAUGCGGGGUGCAUGCAUGCUGCAGCGCAUUUGCUGCUGGUCGCAACUGCUGUCGCCGUCAUUGGGGCCUUUAUAGGGGCUUCGCAGAGCGCCAACCUUCUGGACAGUCCAGAGGUUUCAGAGGGGCCUCUCCUGCAAGGCUUAUGGGUUUGUGCCAACGGCCUUAUUGGCUCUUCCAUGAACAGAAAAGCUCUGGCGGCUCUGAAACACGCGGCAUUGCCCCACGCUGAGCUGCGGCCCGCAGACGUUGGUGCAAAUGCGGAAGGUAAGCUCGCCGUACUAGGGUUGCAGUCGGAAGAAGGGGGCAGCUCAGCCACAAACAGGGCAAGUGCAUUGCCUUCCUCCCUCCUGUUCUCGCGCAUCAGCCGUUGCUGCUCCCCUCCUACCGGAUACACCGUACAGUGUGCGCUCUGUGAUGGCUUACCGGGGAAGCGAGUGUUUGCGUCGCCACGUUUUCUGGAGCUUGUCUUUUCGCGUUCACCUGGCCCCUUGAGUUCAUCUGCAUGGAUCAGUCCAGAGAUCUGUCCCCUACCGGAAGGGCUGAAGUCAUGGGCAACGUGGCUGGAUGUUGUCGCAUGGUUCUACAGGAGCAAAGGCGAUGCCCUGGCGACGCUUUUUGCAGCAGGACCUCUCGCUGUAGCGGCUAGCGCAGCUAAUGCCCCUCUCGAGAGACCGCAGCAUUUGAAGCUUCUGCCACGUUGCACGCCUGCCGAUGGUGCCAGAGCAUAUGUUGCGCGGGUAGCAAGCUGCCAGCUGGCGCACCGUGCAUUGAUGCCGCCGAGCGGCUGUCCAGCUGGGGCAGGUACAGCAGCUGAAUUGCCUGAGGAACUCGAAGCAAAAGCAGCCAACGCUGCUCCUGAAGCGACUGCAGACCCUCUCGGUGUUGCCCUACUGCUGAUGCAGGAGAUCGGGAGGUCCUAUGUGCAUGAGACUCCAGGUCUAUUGCAGGCCGUAGCUUCCUUCGCUAUUCCGACGGUGGCACAGCGUGUCGUGGGGAGUCACCAGGAGUCACAGAACUCACGAAAGCUUACAAAAGACACAGCAACGGCUGCACACGCUGUCCUAGCUUCCUUUGUCACAGACUGCAGGAGGCUUAUUCAAGACCGGUCCGAGAUGGCCAUGCCGCCAAGUCUCGUUGGAAGACUCUGCUGUGUCGUCUUGCAUCCACUCAUGAUCGAAGCCGAGUGGAAGCUCGCGGGGGUUAUUCUGUCUUCUCGAGAGGCUGCACCUCCGUCGGUAGCUUCAAGCCAAUCGGAUGAACUCCCCAAUGACAACACGCCCGUGCCUGAUGGCCUCUACUUUGUCUUUGAAUUCGCUCGUGACCUCCUGGCGGAGGGGGCUGCCAGUCUGGCCCUUUCACGCGCCGUCGUCUUGCCGUUGCUGUCCUCGCUCUUCCGUGCCGGUAACGCGGCCUCUCAAGGCAUCCCAGCCGGAUUCUCCUUGCCCCCCAUGUACAUCCGGCUGCUGGUGAGCAUUUUGUUGCAUCGUGAGUUUGUGCUGCUCGAUGGAGAUGGCGGCGCGUGUCCAGCGGAGCCCUUCGAGGAGGAUACUUUCUCUGCCUCCCCGUGCUCUACCACCCCACUGAAGACCACCAGCAACACGGACGAGAGCAACAGCAGCGUCGGCAGCACACAGGCAGUAAACACCUGCUCACGGUGCGGUGAGCUGUGCGGCCUAUCGGAACUGGACCCUGCUGCCUUCUUCUUUUCCAAGUUCCCAGCCUGCAGAGAGCCAAAUGCACUGCCUUGCGGAGGACUGCGAGUGACCAGCUCAUCCCGCUGUUUCUCCCCGGCCCUUUCUUUGCUGCCGCGCAUUCUGCCUCGCCGAUUCGCACGCCUUCAACAGACACCAGCAUUCGUGCGACUGCUGACGCUGGCGCUUCUUGACGGGGUGUGUGGUUCUCUGCCGCCGUAUGGCACACCCCAAAGCUCCUACGAGGCGUUCCUAAGAAACACUGUCUCGGCCGUCUUCCGCUGCCUAGCCACUGAGGCAAUCGAGUCCGUGUCCUCUCACGUGGAGGAAAUCGAGGAGGCAGGAUUUCCUGAUACGAACAGGGGCCUCCAGAAACCUGGUGUUGCUUCGUCUACGGAGGCGCGUCUUCCAAUGCCCAACUCGGCAAAGCAUCGCAGGCAACUGCGUGCCUGGCAAGCGCUCUCCUGCUUGUCAUGCCAUGCCCGCUCACUCGUUAUUGAAGCGUGCGAAGACCUGGAGAAGGGCGUUUGGGGUGUUUUGAACUGCCCUCUCAUGCCCGACGUGAGGCACUACGUCGAGUUCGUUGCUGUGCGGCUGGCGCGAGGGGCCCCUCAUCGCUGCGUGCCGCAGAUUGUUGAGACCCUUAAGCGGUAUAACGCCUCUAGGCAAGUGCUGAUUAGUGCUUUAUCCAUAGGUGGAUAUAUUCUUUCUAACAUCCACAAGUGGUUGCCCAAAGGCGAGGAGGAGAUGCUGAGCCAAACGGUGAGCAUGCUGCUCGAGGCGAUCACGCCAUACCUAACUUCUAACGCGGCGUAUUGCCGUGCCACUGCGCAAUUUCUUGUUCACCGUUUUAUGUCUCUUGAGACCGUUGACCACCAAAAGGAGGUGCCCAGUUCUUCGAAAACCGGCGAGCACAAAAGAAUCAACGUCCUCCCCCAGCUUUUUACGAUGCUAGAUGAAGCUAAGGAAUGCAGAAUGAUGGCCUUCAAGGUCGCCGCUGCAUUCAGUCGAUGGGAUCCCGAGCUCGACGGCGGCAUCUGCAGCCUCAUUCCUGAGUCUGGCAUUUUAGUGGAGACCACUGAGCAGCACGGUGAGACCCUCUCUGGGAAGCAGCAAACUCUAUGUUGUGAAAUAAGGCUUUUCUGUACUCUUCAGCGUAGCUGCACAAAGUUACGAGGAAGCAGCGCCUUAUUUAAAAUCUCACCUCGUUCAAAUCUUGCCGCCUUGCGACACGGCUGUCUGAGUGUACCUUGGGGGUCAUCGUGGGAACUGCGGAGUCGGGGGCACUAUGUUUUAUCAGACUUUGACUUGAGACCCUCCUGGGCCCUUGCAGUGGCUCUCAAAGAAGCCGUGAAGGAUGAAAUGAAGAGGGUUUGGCACUCUGAAGGCGCUGCAGAGGAAUUUCCGCAGCUCCAUGAUAGAACAGCGCUGCUCUCCGAGAAUGCCGAAGUCAAGCCGUUUGAACCCCAAGCAGCUGAAGCAGGAUCCCCAGGCCCCUGCCAAAGGAAAUUUGUCCCCGAGCAAUACGGAGUGGUGGAAGCGCCUUCUGCUUGCCUCCUGAGCGGAGACGCAGCGGCUAGCUUUAGCGCCCUGAGGCAGCGCAGCGACCUUAUUGUGAUCGCCUCCCUCGUGAACAAGAGUCCCAAUUUGGGGGGCCUCGCCCGCACAUGCGAGGUUUUUAAUGUCAGGGCACUUGUGGUGAACUCGCUGGAUCUACUGAAGGACUCAAUUUUCAGAAAUAUAUCUGUUUCUGCGCAUCAGUGGCUUCCCAUGACCGCAGAUCUGGAUCGCACGUAUUACCUAGAUUUGCUGGUGUCCGCCACACAGGUGCCUGCUGCCACCUUGCCAGGUUACUUUAAUGCCCUGCGCGCUGAGGGAUAUUCUAUUGUUGGUUUGGAACAAACUGCAUCCUCUCACGUGCUCGGCGAGUUCGCCUUCCCUAGAAAGACGGCUCUGGUCCUAGGAGCUGAAAAGGAAGGCAUGCCGGCCCCGCUGAUGUCUCACAUUGACCACUGUGUGGAAAUUCCGCAGGUAAUAAAAACUGUUGCUUUGCGUCAACGCCCCAGUUAUAUGUCUAACGAGGUAUCAGGGGGGAUAGGCAGAAGUGGAGGAAGGCUUUAG